CAGCAAUGAAAAGGGCUAACGGCCGAUCAAUUAAGUCUAAAAAACGCCCGUAAUUAGGCCUAGCUCUGAAAAAGGCCACUGAACGAGCAUCACUAAUUAUAUAAACGAAUAGGCCACGCAGCGUUGACGAGGUUAACCACCGGUCACGAAUUAAAUUCAAUGCAGCUACUGUCGGCCCACAGUGAAGAAAAAAUCAAUAUACUAAUAAAAUUACUAAUACAAAAAUAAUUUCCAUAAUUUUACUUUUUCUGCACACGCUACAAUUGAAUUAUAAUUAAAAUACUAGACUUAACAGUUCAUUCCGCAAAAAACAAAAACGAGUUGUUUCUGUGAGGUAACUAGCGUAACAAUGACGUCACGAUAGUAAACAAAGCGGACAGAAAUGUCUGCAUGGAUGGCAAAUAGCACAAGGCGUACAGUUCUUUCUUUAUACAAACAAAUUCUUCGGCUCUCAAAGUCAUGGACAUCAAUAUCAGGCCUGCAAGAAGACACACUGGCUGAAAGAUCUUACAUAAGAAAAGAGGCGCAACAACUUUUUAAGCAAAAUAAAUGGGAAAAAUCAGAAGUUGCAGUCAGAGAAUUUAUAAGAGAAGCAGAGACAAGAAUAGGAUUAGCUGAGCAUUACGGCAUACCUUACCCUAGAAUGGUCAAUAGUCCACAAAACAUGCUUCCUCCACAUGUUGCAAAAAAGUACAAGAAAGAUAAUACAUUUUUGAGUCAAGCUACACCGAUAUAUCUCAAAUCUUAUGAUAAAAGUAAAACAGACAGAUAGCAAUUAUAAAGCAAACUUUCUGUAUCAAGGUUCACAGUUUAUAUAUGUUAGUAAAUUUUCAUAAACAUAAUUUAUAUGGUAUUUUAGAACUAUUGUGUUAUUGUAAAUAAACUGUUUGCAUC